GCCAUGCACGGCAACUGCACCGCUCAGCCCAACGCAUCACCGGGAGCACACUGCCUGCCCUUCAGGACAUCUACAGCACCCGGUGUCAAAGGAAGGUCAUGAAGAUCAUAAAGGACCUCAGCCACCUGAGCCACGGCUUGUUCACCACAUUAUCAUCCAGAAGGCAAGGUAGGAAGUUUUGCUUCAUUGUGAUGAGGUUCUGGCAUAUGUCCACUGCUGAUGUUCCUGAGGACCAGGAGAGUACCAAGAUCUUCAAAAUGGCCACCACUGAAGAAGACCGCCCACAGAAGAAGAUAGUGACAGCUGUCUAUGAAUUCCACUGGGAGCUGACCAAGGGAGCUGAACCUGAUUGGACAGUCACUAACAUCUGGCACUGGAAACUGAUAGGGUGAUUGGACAAGACCCAUGAACACCUCUGUCACCAGGAUACAGCAUCAGACCAAGCAUACACAGCAUCGUUGACCUAAUUCAGCUCUGACAACAUUAAACUCAACAAAACAUUAUUAACCAACAGGACUUCAAUCAGCAGGACCAUUGUACUCAGCCAAGCGCACACAAACUCAACUGAAACAUUACAAGUCAACAGAAGAGUCACCUUGAAUCCUAGCUGCUUUGUAGGGUGGACUGGAUGGAACCAGAGCCCUACACACUGAAAUACAGACCUAUUAUUUAUCCCUAAGUUCUCCGAUCUCAGGUUUGUUGGGAACAAUAGACUUUCUAUGAACCUCAGCAUGAACAAUUCGUUUCUACAAUAUCCCUGCUGUUAUAGAUUGUCCCAGAACAAAAUAAACUGCUUCACGGUGAUACUGUAUGACAUUUUGUCUCUGUGAAACAGUAUCACAGGUUAAACUGUUGUUCUGUAUUGUUCAGAAACACCUUAGUUGUCUGAUUAUUCAGAAGUAAAAUUGAUACCGCAUAGCAUCUAUAAAGGUAAGACACAAUUAAUAAACACAACAAUCCUCAGCAGAAGGGGGCGAUAGUGUUACACAAAUCACAUUAUGAAUUAGUGUUGAUUGAAAGCGGUUGGAUAAUAACUGGCAAGUCUCCCUAUCCUCCUAUAGAUGUUUAUAUGAUACACAUUUUACAUAAGUGACCUCGGUUUAGUUUGGGAAUAAACAAAGGUAGAAUAGUAUACACAUACCGGUCCCACUUUAAAGGAAGUACAGCUUGUAAAGGCUUUAUAUAGCAUACAUAAGCACUACAUAAAUGCUUCACAAAUAAUCUAUAAGCAUAUGUCAUAUUCUAUACAUUUUGUAAAAACAUACAAAGUGUGUAAUGUCACAUUUGGCAAAUCACCCUACAGUGUUAAUGGUUAUGUCACCCUUUAUACAUCAUUUAUAGAGUAUGACAGAUGCUUAUAGUUGAUUUGUUUUAUGUAGUGCUUAUGAAGCAUACAAAUAUCUUACAUUAUGAUUAAAUGUCUCAAAGGAAUCACAGAUGUCGGUGUACUGUAAUGUAUCGUGCCAGUGCCAAAAUCAAACAUCCUCUAUUAGGCCCUCAUUGUAUACAACUACAACCAUUUGUUCUUAACUGACUUGCCUAGUUAAAUAGAUUUUUAAUCAAAUACAAUGUGAAACAUUUACACUGACAGGCUAUUGAACACUGUGUUUCAUCCAAUUCUGUCAACUCUUAAAUCACACUAUUAAUGAUGCAUCAAAAAGAGAGACAAUUCCUUCAUUAGUAAGCAUUAAUUCAUGCAUAAUGAAAUAUGGAUGGGGAUUAUUAUAAUUUCCAGGCGUGGUAAUAUGGACAGGUGCGUAGGGGGUUCUGGUUAGACGCUUCCUGGUUAUUCCUAAUGUGAUUAUGAGUGUGCAUAGCUUUACUUAUGUUAAAACGCUAGUGAAUAUGUUUAUAGCAUAUUAGCCAAUUCACCACGCCAGGGUGUCAGAUUGUUAAAUGGUCAUUUACAGUAGUAGAAUAAUUGUGAUAAAACACUGACAAAAAGAUCAUGUGUUGUUUAUUAACAUGUUAUGUUUCUGUGUUGUUGGGUUUCGACAUAGAUUAGUGUAUGCACCCGGGAACCUUUUAUUCAUCUGGUUAUUCAAGUUGAUAUUGUUAUCCAAACAAUUCAAUAUGCCGUCAGUACAGUAGGUGGGUGUUUGCGCACGCUUGUGUGUAUGUGCGCACGCCUGUGUGUUUGUGUGUCUAAGGCUGUGGCUGUGGCCACAUAUUUAAUUAGGAUUGACAGAUUAACAUUAUAACACUGACUUAAUACAACCAUAGAGUAAAUAUGUGUGUAAAUCUAAUCAAAGAGUAUGACAGAAUAAACAGGACUUCAAAUGAUAAGACUCCGAUGGCAUUGAUGGUACUCAUAAUUCUCAAUAUUUACUUAGGUGUCAGGAGUAGAUA